AUGGAGAAACGAAAGAAAGGAACAUGUGGCUGGUUGAAGAAACAGGGUGGUGUAAUGAAAACAUGGCAUAGGAGAUGGUUUGUUCUAAAUGGUAGUGUGUUGUUUUAUUUUACACGACCAGACGAGACCAAGUCACAAGGAUCGUAUUUUUUAGAUGGACAGAGAGUUAUAGUACAUUCACCUAAUCCAGAUGACCCUGAUAAAUAUACAUUUGAGAUUGUGGCUAGUAAGUUAUGUAAAUAUGCUAGAUCUGAUACAGAGAGUGUUUUAUUAUGUGCAGCAUCUGAUGAAGAAAGAAAACUAUGGGUGAAAUCUCUCACUUGGGCUCUGUAUGGUGGUAAAGGGGGUGCUAUAUUUGGUCAUUCUAUAGAAGACACUAUGAAAUAUGAACAUAAACAAUUCCGCUCUGUACCAUUAAUAGUUGAGCUCUGUGUAGAAUAUUUAUUAAAACAUGGCCUCGAAACUGAAGGAUUAUUCAGAUUACCUGGGAGAACAGUUUUAAUCCGUGAACUGAAAGAGAAGUUUGACUCUGCUGAUAGAGUGUCAUUAGAAAGUUUAGAAGUUGAUGUUCAUACCGUAGCUUCUCUAUUAAAACAUUAUCUUAGAGAACUACCCGAAUCUAUAGUGCCUUGUGAAUUCUAUCAGAAGUUUAUGAACAUUGCC